GCAAUGUGUAUUCCUUUGUUUCCUCCAUUGUUGUGGGACUUGGUUCAGUAGUUGUUAUAAGGUGGGGUUGAUUGUGUGAAAUUCCUUUAGUUCUUGAAUAUUUGAGAAAACCUUCAUUUCUUCCUCAUAUUGAAGGGUAAUUUUGCAGGGUACAAUAUUCAUGGCUGAAAUUUCCUCUCCUUUAGAACUUUGAAUAGGUCAUUCCACUUUAUCCUUGCCUCUAGAGUUUCUGAAGAGAAAUCUGAUGAAAGUCUUAUAGCUCUGCCUUUGUAUAUAACUUCUUCUGUCUCACUAGCAGCCAGCAAAAUGUUUUCUUUGUUUUUGACUUUGGUAGUUUUACAGUAAUGUGCCUAGGCACUGAUUUUUUUUUUUUUUUUUGUAUUUAUAAAUCUGGGUGAUUGUUCUGCCUCUUGAAUUAGAAUGUUCUGAUGGUUUCCUAAAUGAGGGAAGUUCUCAGCUAAAAUUGCUCUGAAAAUGGAUUCUGGGCCUUUGGCCUUGUCCUCCUUCUCAGACAUACCUAUCACUCUUAUAUUUGCUCUUUUGAAGGAGUCUGCAGUUUCACAGAGAGUUGCUUCAGUCUUUUCUGAACUAUUCCUCUCCCUCGUCUUCAAAUGGAAAUAGUGGGCUGGCCAUAUCUUCUAGAUUGGAAAUGAUUUCUUCUGAAUGUGUAAAUCCCCAGGAGAGUAAUAUCUGGACCAUAGGCUUGGACAGUCGUAAACAGAACCAUCUUGCUAUAUGGUUUAAGAAAUGGCUGUAGGCAACAACACUCGGCGAAGUUACUCCAUCAUCCCAUGUUUUAUAUUUGUAGAGCUCGUCAUCAUGGCUGGGACAGUGCUGCUUGCCUACUACUUCGAAUGCACUGACACUUUUCAGGUGCAUAUCCAAGGAUUCUUCUGUCAGGAUGCAGACUUAAUGAAGCCUUACCCUGGGACAGAGGAAGAAAGCUUCAUCACCCCCCUGGUGCUCUACUGUGUGCUGGCCGCCACUCCAACUGCGAUUAUUUUUAUUGGUGAGAUAUCCAUGUAUUUCAUAAAAUCAACCAGAGAAUCUCUGAUUGCCCAAGAGAAAACAAUUCUGACCGGAGAAUGCUGUUACCUGAACCCAUUGCUCCGAAGGAUCAUAAGAUUCAUAGGAGUCUUUGCAUUUGGGCUUUUUGCUACCGAUAUUUUUGUAAAUGCUGGACAGGUGGUCACUGGGCACCUAACACCAUACUUCCUGACAGUAUGUAAGCCAAACUACACCAGCGCAGACUGCCGAGCACACCACGAGUUCAUAAACAAUGGCAACAUUUGCACAGGUGACCUGGAAGUGAUCGAAAAGGCUCGGAGAUCCUUUCCCUCCAAACAUGCUGCCCUCAGCAUUUACUCUGCCUUGUAUGCCACUAUGUACAUCACAAGCACAAUCAGGACGAAGAGCAGUCGACUGGCCAAGCCGGUGCUGUGCCUUGGGACCCUCUGCACAGCCUUCCUGACAGGCCUCAACCGGGUCUCCGAGUAUCGCAACCACUGCUCAGACGUGAUCGCUGGCUUCAUCCUGGGCACUGCCGUAGCGCUGUUUCUGGGCAUGUGUGUAGUCCAUAACUUUAAAGGAACACAAGGAUCUCCUUCUAAGCCCAAAACUGAGGAUGCUCGUGGAAUGCCCUUAAUGGCUUUCCCAAGGAUAGAAAGCCCUCUGGAAACCUUAAGUGCACAGAAUCACUCUGCCUCCAUGACUGAAGUUACCUGAGAUGGCUGAUGUGUCCAAAGCUGUUUGUUUUUCUUCUUCUUCUUCUUUUUUUUUUUUUACUCACCCUCCAAUCCAAUACUUCAAGACUCACAGUUACUGGAUGUCAAACUGUGAAGACAAGUAUUAUGUUUAUCUAGUUAGAGGCUAAUGUUUUUGUACUUUUUUUUUUGUAUGAGGAAAUGUUGUAGCUUGCCCUGAUUUUUUUUGUUUUUGUCAGCUUUAAUAUAUUUAUGCCAGAAUUUUAAAACAACAAAACUUUCUUCUUGUUCAAGUGUGCACUGAAGAACCACAGUGACUCAAUGGCUGGUGUUUGUUUUUAUGGUAUUUGUACACAAAUCUUUUCUCAGUUUCACAGGUUCACAAAAUGAAUAGAACAACGCAACUUACCUUUUUAUUACUGCAGGUUUUCCAGGUUUUUUUUAAUUAUUAUUAUUAUUAUUUUAACUCAAGUUAACUUUCAAGUUGCAGGGAGAGUGAGUGGUGUUGGUUAAUAGUAAAUCUCCAAAUCAAUAGUACAGAAAUAAGAACUGCUUCCCGAAAGAACUGUGUGUUCCUCUCUGUUCCUGUGUUACUGCCUUCUAAAUCAAUGUGAUAUGAUAAUGAAGCCACCCCGUUCUACAAUCAACUGACAGAAUCCUGGAAACAAGGGGCACUGAACCUCUCGUAUUCCUUCUCAGAAGAUUCCUUCUCCCAUACAAGAGGCUCAUUCUCGGCAAGGCAAUUCUGUGACCACAGUCUUGUAAUGGCAAAUUAACACCGUAGCCUUCUGUCAAACGACACCAAACCAGCACCUGCCUUCCCUGUCGAUGUAAUGGUUUUAUAUAUCAUGUUCUAUGGGCUUUAUAUGCAAAUGAAUAUCUUACAGUUUGCACAGUAUUAUUUUACAGAAAAGAGUGUCGGAGCGCCUCCAACCUAGAGGCCCAGAGCAAUAGCUUGACUUUGUGGCUUUUGAUUGUUUGAGAAUUUUCACUGCAUCUCCUUUUUCUAGCAUGGUCUGAACUAAUGUGUAACUCCGUUAAGAGCCAGGGCUCCCUCGGCGGUACCUAUCAGAUUGUUUUCCAGACACUGUCAUGUUGACUCUUCUUAACUUUUUUGUAUAUAUUUUUUUUCUAAAGAGAAAAAGGAAAGUUAUCACAAAAAGUA